AGAAAGAGACGGAAAAACCUAAUGAGAGCGGGAAGGCAACAGGUGGAUGGAGGAAGAGAAAGUAACAUCCACUAACAAAGACAAUCUGGAGGAGAAAGAAGGCAGCUCUUUUGACCGUGUAAAGGAGACUCAAUCUGUUUCUUAUUCUGUGUGGAAGAGUAGUGCUUACUAUUGGCUGUUCAGUGCACUCUGUUGCCGUUGGAAAUGAACUGGGGCAACACCUGAGAGGAGGCUGGUCGGGAGCAGAAAGGGAAUGCUUUCUUCCUGGAGAAUUGAGCCGCUGUUAUCCUCAACUGGUGGAUGUACGGUGCGGAGAGAGGCCUGAUUGGAGGGAACAUUCUGGGCCUGACUGAAAGACCUGUGCUCCGUUCUCAGCUCUGAGGUGGUUAUAUGGCCAGAAGGAAAUCCUGUAUCAAACCUGAUCAACUAAAGAAUGCUAUUUUCCACACUUGUGCUGUGACCUACUACAGUACUGAAGCUACUGUAUAUGGAAGAACCUUCUCCGGCCUAGGAGGAUUUAGAAGUCACGAAGCGACAGGCCCAGACAGCCCACUCCUCUUCACGAUGCAACAGCCAACUGGAGGAGUGGAGCAGCAGGACGAAUCCUUUGAUUUCCUGUUUAAGAUCAUACUGAUUGGAGAUUCUAACGUGGGCAAGACCUGCGUGGUCCAGAGCUUCAAGUCAGGACAGUUCUCAGAGAGGCAACAGAACACCAUAGGAGUGGACUUCACCGUGCGGACAGUGGACAUCGAGGGCAAGAAAAUUAAGAUGCAGGUAUGGGACACGGCUGGACAGGAGCGUUUCCGGACCAUCACCCAGAGUUACUACCGCAGCGCCCACGGCGCCAUGAUCGCCUAUGACAUCACACGCCACGGAACCUUUGACUCCGUGUCCAAUUGGAUCAGGGAGGUGGAGCUGUACGGCGCGGCCAAUGUAGUGCUCUGUCUCAUUGGUAACAAGUCUGACCUGGAGUCUGAGCGUCAGGUGUUGUUCCAGGAGGCAUGCUGUAUGGCUGAGGAGAGAGGCAUCCUGGCAGCGUUAGAGACCUCAGCUAAGGAGGCCCAGAAUGUGGACGAUGCCUUCAUGAUGAUGGCCCGCGAGCUGCUGGCGCGCAACGGCACUGCCGUCCGGAAACAGGCCCCUAGCAACAAUGACUCGCCCCGCGUCCUGCUCCGAGCCAACUCACGACCAAUCAACGGGCCAGCGGUGAUCACAGACAGGAAGACGUGUUGCUGACAUAGAGAGGAGGAAGGACAACAGAGGGAGUGUAAGAAUGGGUACCUGCGUGUGCCACUGUGUUACCUGGAAGAGGACAGAAUAAGGCAGGGAUCAUCAACUAGAUUCAGCCGCGGGACAAUAUUUUCUGGAACGGAUGGUCGAGGGGCCGGAACACAAUUACAAUUCAUUUGUAAACCACAAAUUGACCGCAAGAAGCCCAAACCGAUAUAGUUUGACGAAACAUAAUCAUUUCAAACCUCGUUCACACGUCUCUCCAUUAUGCGUGGGAAUAGAUGGGAACAGAUUUCUUCAAUUAAAAUCACUUGGAGCUGAUUUCCUGGUGUUUCAACAAUCUUUAAUGUCCAACAAUAACAAUUCCACAAAGAAAUAUAUAUAUAUAAUAAAUAAAACCCACCCGCGGGCCGCCACCUGGGGAACCCUGGAAUAGGGGAAGCUGAGACCGUUACAGGCAGAAUGCACUCCUUUUGUAUGUGUGACUUUAGGUACUAUUGACCUAUGACCUAUGUAGUGGUGUAGCUCAGUUUCUCAAACCCCCGACCCCCACAAGAUACGGGCAAUUUAAUUUAAAAAAUGCUAAGUAGCAUUUUUAUAGCUGAUCUCAUGCUCUUUUCCAUAUUCUGCUGAGAGGACAUGUUGCUGUUUUAGUUCUCAGGGAUUCUUGAAAGACGGGACAAUCUCAACUUUUUCCCAUGAAUAUUGGUCUUAAUAUUAACAAAAUGUGAAAUAUAUAUUUUGAUCGACCAAAGUAUCAGCUAUCACACCAUGUAAAUGAAUAACUUCCUAAUGACAUUUUUAAUAAAUCAUCAAAUGCAACUAACUGGAUUUCUGUCAACUCCGUCAGACACUAUAAAAGGCAUUUUAAUUUACAAUUAUUAAGUGUUUAAAACAGCCUUGGAUUGUUUCACAUUAGAUUAUUCAAAUAUGUAAUACAAAUCUCCAAACGUCUUUUUGUUUAGUUUUCUGGAUUUAAGACCUAAAACAACAUUUUUAAAACUAACAUCACCCCCAGGUCUAACAUAGCAAAUAUUAGAAUUGUUUAACCAUCUGUUGCAGAACAAUUAACAUAUUUUGUCUGAAUAUUGACAACAAAAUCUUAAGGGUGGUCAGCCAUCAGUAACGGAGUUGACAAGCCACUGAUGUAGUUGGCAACACACACUGAUACUGCAUCUAAAAAUACAAGUUCAAUACAAACAUUUGUAAAAUAUGGAAAAUGAUUCAUUUCAGCACUCUGACGGAGUUGACGUUAGACCUGACAGAGUUGAUGCCUAACAGAGAGGACAAAAAUGGAUGCCUAACAGAGAGGACAAAAAUGGAUGCCUAACAGAGAGGACAAAAAUGGAUGCCUAACAGAGAGGACAAAAAUGGAUGCCUAACAGAGAGGACAAAAAUGGAUGCCUAACAGAGAGGACAAAAAUGGAUGCCUAACAGAGAGGACAAAAAUGGAUGCCUAACAGAGAGGACAAAAAUGGAUGCCUAACAGAGAGGACAAAAAUUGAUGCCUAACAGAGUGGACAAAAAUGUAUGCUUAAUUCAAGUGGUAUACACAGUAGCAAUUAUGUUUUACUCAGUUGCUUUAUGACUCUAAAACCUAAUUUAAAGAAUAUUUCACUCGAAACUGAGAUUUGGUGAACUCCGUCAGAUUAGUCUAAAAUCUCAAAAGAAUCAGGAUUGAGUAGGGUCAGCUAUGCCAUAAGGACCCCUUUUCGUUAGAUUACGAUAGAAUAUGAAUUUUGGUUAAAAUAUGUUACAUUUAAGUCACAGAGGGCUCUUGCAUAAAACUACAUAAGAUUGCGUUUCAGUUAAUAUCCAUUAUUACCAUUUUUUAUUUUUAUAAAAAAAUAAUUUUGGGGAGUUUGAAAUUGGGAUCCUUUGCUCAGGACAGGGCAUUUCCAGGCAUAGAGCCGACAUGGAAAUUAAUAAUAUUGAGAGUAUUUAGAAGAUUUGAGAAAGAAAAAAAAAUAUAUAUAUGUGUGUGUGUGUGUGUGUGUGUGUGUGUGUGUGUGUGUGUGUGUGUGUGUGUGUGUGUGUGUGUGUGUGUGUGUGUGUGUGUGUGUGUGUGUGCUAUGCCAGUGGAUCUAUGACACUGUGACCUUGUGAGUGUCCCUGUGAGGGGGGUGGACUGGGGCAGUGGAUCUAUGACACUGUGAGUGUCCCGGGGGAGUGGACUGGGGCAGUGGAUCUAUGACACUGUGACCUUGUGAGUGUCCCAGGGGGAGUGGACUGGGGCAGUGGAUCUAUGACACUGUGACCUUGUGAGUGUCCCGGGGAGUGGACUGGGGCAGUGGAUCUAUGACACUGUGACCUUGUGAGUGUCCCGGGGGAGUGGACUGGGGCAGUGGAUCUAUGACACUGUGACCUUGUGAGUGUCCCUGGGGGAGUGGACUGGGGCAGUGGAUCUAUGACACUGUGACCUUGUGAGUGUCCCGGGGGAGUGGACUGGGGCAGUGGAUCUAUGACACUGUGACCUUGUGAGUGUCCCGGGGGAGUGGACUGGGGCAGUGGAUCUAUGACACUGUGACCUUGUGAGUGUCCCCGGGGGGAGUGGACUGGGGCAGUGGAUCUAUGACACUGUGACCUUGUGAGUGUCCCGGGGGAGUGGACUGGGGCAGUGGAUCUAUGACACUGUGACCUUGUGAUUGUCCCAGGGGGGGGUGGACUGGACCAGUGGAUCUAUGACACUGUGACCUUGUGAGUGUCCCAGGGGGGGUGGACUGGAGCGGUGGAUGAAACACUACAUUACUGUUCCACCUGCUGCCAUCCAUGUUGUUGCUGAAAGCCUACAGAGCCUGAACAGAGCCUGCACAUUGCCUAUAGUGUGACUCCCACCAACUUACUCACACAGAGCAAGCUGUGGUAUUGUAUUAGAAAAAAUGUGCACAUCAGUGACGUUCUACUGACGUCUCGAGAGACAUUUUAAUUUGUGAUGAUUUAUGUACAAUGUUGCCUAAUAUGUGACAGUCAUUGGUCAAUGGUCAUACGUUAUACUAUUGUUAUAGACAUUCAAUAAGAUUUUAAUUUGAGGCCAUGUGGCAGAAAGUGAUAAGGGAAGCUAGUGGGUCUGGGAAGGUGUGAUGUCGUUGAUGUUUGUAUGAUGUAUUUUGUAUCUUUUGUAUUGUUUCUCAAAGAUCAAAUAAAAUCAACAACAAAAAAAUAGA